UCUGUGUGUGAUUGUCUAGUUGUGUGAAGAGGGCGAGGCUCAGCCUUUCAGUCGUCUCCUUUCUCACGGCCUCAGUCUGGUUCAGCUCUCAGGUGACGCAGGUCGAGCAGCAGCACCAUGAAUCUCUCAGAUGCUCUUGGUGAUUGGCCAUCUGGUGGCAACAACCAAUCAGGAGGAGCCAACCCCACCUGGCCAGGUCAACCCUCAUCUAACCCCACCUGGCCUGGGGGUCAACCCUCAUCUAACCCCACCUGGCCUGGGGGUCAACCCUCAUCUAACCCCACCUGGCCUGGGGGCCAACCCUCAUCUAACCCUACCUGGCCUGGGGGUCAACCCUCUGGAGGUGUUUGGCCUGGAGGGAACCCCAGCCAGCCCACCUGGCCCUCCCAGCCUAGUGGUCCUGGAGGAUGGCCCAGCCCUUCACCCGGACCUGGACCUGGUCCUGGAGGAUGGCCCAGCCCUUCACCCGGACCUGGACCUGGUCCUGGACCCGCCAUCCCCACUGCACCACAACAGAGUCUGGUUGUUCCGUACAAACAGGAUCUACCAAACGGAGUUUUUGACAAACUGCUGAUCACCAUCGUUGGAACCAUCAAACCCAACGCUGACAAGAUCACGGUGGACCUGUCGACCUCCAGUGACCUGGCGUUCCACUUCAACCCUCGCUUCAACGAGAGCGGCAGGAAGGUGAUCGUCAGGAACAGCUGCAUCGGAAAGAAAUGGGGCAAAGAGGAGAGAGACCUGAGCAACUUCCCAUUCGUCCAGGGUCAGCCGUUUGAGCUGAAGCUCCUGUGCACCAACACAGAGUUCAAGGUGGCUGUGAACAACUCCCACCUGCUGGAGUACAAACACCGGAUCACCAACCUCCAAUCCAUCCAGAGGCUCAACAUCUACUACGAUCUCACUCUGUCUAAGGUCCAUGUGGAGACCCUGCCCUGAGCCCUGUCCACCGGUCCCCUGAGGAUCUACUGGGGAUCUCCAGUAGAUCCUAUUUUACCACCAUUAUUGAUGUAUUUGUGUCAGGUGACUCGUAAAUAAAAGGUUCUUCUUCUUCA